CGGGACGCGUGCAGCAGCAUCAAUAGUAGUCGGUAUCCAGAGCUGUGUGUAUUGUCUCUGAAGAUCUUAACACUUCUGCUCCGUCCACCCUGCUGGUGUUUGGGAAUCACGUUGUGUAGUAUGGCCAGUGAGGAUAAAGUGGAAGCAGUGGGACAGGUUCUGGUGAACCCAAAACAGGACCUGACCCGGCGCUUCAGAGCCUUAUUUACCCUGAGGAACCUUGGAGGUACUGAAGCUAUAAACUGGAUCAGUAAGGCCUUCUCUGAUGAGUCUGCCCUGCUGAAGCAUGAGUUGGCCUACUGCCUGGGACAGAUGCAGGACAGACAGGCCAUACCUGCUUUGACAGCUGUUCUCAAAGAUGCACAGCAGGAGCCGAUGGUUCGACAUGAAGCAGGAGAGGCUCUGGGAGCAAUUGGUGAUCCAGUGGUUCUGGACCUACUAAAAGAGUACAGUCAAGACCCUGUCAUUGAGGUUGCAGAGACGUGUCAGUUGGCUGUUCGUCGUCUGGAGUGGCUGCAGAGUAGAGGAGAGAAACAGUUAGAGGAUGGAAGUACCGAUAAUAACCCAUACUGCUCUGUUGACCCGGCGCCCCCAUCAGUGAAUAAAAGUGUGUCAGAGCUGCGCUCCGCCCUGCUGAACGAGAGUCUGCCACUCUUUGAACGCUACCGGGCUAUGUUUGCCUUGCGUAACCUGGGCAACGAGGAGGCUGUCCUGGCACUGGGAGAUGGCCUGCAGUGCUCAAGUGCUCUGUUCCGUCAUGAGAUCGGUUACGUCCUGGGUCAGAUGCAGCACCCGGCAUCGGUUCCGGCGCUGAGUGCAGCCCUGGAGUCUGCCGGUGAGAACCCCAUGGUCCGGCACGAGGCGGCAGAGGCCCUUGGCUCCAUCGGCAAAGAGGACUGUCUGGCUGUGCUGCAGCGCUAUCGCAAAGACAGUGAGCGUGUUGUCAAGGAGAGUUGUGAGGUUGCGCUUGAUAUGCUGGAGUACGAGAACAGUGACCAGUUUCAGUAUGCAGAUGAACUGGUGAGGUUACAGGGAUAAAUUAAUGGUUAAAGGCCAGUGUCAUAACUGAAGGGGCUUUCACCCUAAUCCAUUCUGUAUAUUUAACAGAGAGACCUGGAUUAGGGGCUGCAUCUGUAAAACUCUUGGAUUCUGGGAGAUGAGACUUUACAGCGUGAAAUAUACUCUUCACAUAAAAUCAAAAAUUAAAGUUCAAGAGAUUAAUCACAUAUGAUUAGUGAGCUCUUGUAUGUGCUGAUGGUGUUACUAGGCACGCGAGAAGUGUUUUGUAUUGUUUGCCUCCACACAAUAUGCUUCUUAUGACUAUCAUGUACAGUUUUUAUGGAAGCUACAAAACCGCAGAAGUUUGAAGGCUUAAAAGACUGAUGUGUCAACUUCAACUGAUGUGCUUUUUUAUCUAUCUGGGAGUUGUAUUUUGUAUGGUUCUAGGUUGCACCAUUGUAUGAUCAGGCCAGAUGUCAGUUCAUUCUGCUGCAACUAAUGAAGACGAGCCAAAGACUAAUCUGCUUCUCUGGAUUUGGGAAAAUACACAGCCACCAUCAUAGGAAGAGUUCAUUCUCAACUGUAUUCUUCUGAAGAGGUUGUCAUCUCUAAUGCUCUUCUGGCUGCUUUGUUACGAGAUUACUGUGGAACACAGGUUGUCAAUUUAAUUUGUAUUUCUUAUAAUUUACAGUCAGGUGUGUAUUGUAUGUAAAUUCAAAUUAUUCUGUGACCUUUUUUUAACCUGAAGAUAAACAUUCAUUCAUGUCACAGUUGAUAUUUAUGUACGUAUACUUUGAGAGUGACCUAAACAGACAGAGGGUCCCGCACUCCCUAAUCAGCCCAGCAUGGGAAUAAAUUAGUGUUGACAAAGGUAAUGUUCUCUGACAUAGUAUAAUAAUAUGCCAUGAAAUCAUAAUACCCAUUAAAGAUGCAACAUAAAGAA